GUAUAAUCCUUCCUCAACUACAAGAGUAGUGCAAAAAAAUUCAUUUUCUCCCUCCAAAGUUCAACCCUCAUUCUCCUCCCCUCAAACCAGAAAAAACCCUAUAAAUUUACUAUCUUUUUCCUUUUCUGACUUAUUGCUGUCUCCACUCUUUCCACUUAUGCACUCUUGAUUCAACUUUACCAUUUCUUUCAGUCUUUCUUUGAAUUCUAUUGAUUAGCAUUUAUCAAAAGAUUCCUCCUUUUAUCUUUUGACGAUUCUUGAAUUAAAGGGUAUCAUCAGACAGUCCAAUUCCAAUCAAAAACUCAAAUUCUCAUUUUUUUUUUGCAUGAUCAAUCUUGAAAUUUUGAUUUCCUGUUUUUAUAUAAUUGCGAAACUAAAAUCAAAAAGGGUUUAUAGAAUUACUGUUUAUUAUUUUUUGUAACUAUCAAAAAAGUUUUAAAUUUUAAUUUCUUCUUGUGGGUAAUUGUAUAUGCAUUUCUGGGUUUUAUUUAUAUUGGGAUGGAAGAUUCUGGAGCAGCAGCUGCAGAUGAUCAGGGCUCUGGAUGGUUUGAAGUGAAAAAGAAGCAUAGAAGCAGCUCAAAGCUCUCAAUUCAAAAUUGGGUUGGGGGUUUAACAAGGCAGCAAGUAAAUGGAAAAGGUCGGAGCCCGAGUGUCAAAAACUACUUCCGUAUCUCAAGGCCGGAGAAAGAUGUGAUUCAAAAGGGUGUAUUAAGUCAUAAUCCUUCCUCCAAGGAGCAUAAGGACGAGUAUUGUCUUGAUAAGCGUAUUGUUGAUGACGUUGAUGGGCAUCCCGAGACACCGCCUCUUAAGAUUAUAACGACAACAGGUUCUCAAGGUAUCAAUAAAAACGUUUCCGAAAAGAAGCCUGGCAUAGCUCAUAGAAUUAAAUGGGGUGACCUAGAGGAAGGUGCACUUGCUUCUGAUUGUGGAACUGCUGCUGUUUCUGAAAUCCGAUUCGGUGAAAUUGGAGAUGAAGAUCUGGCAAUGUGCGGUUCCUCGAGGAAUGCGUGUGAUUUAAGUCCAUGCAAUCUGUCAAAAGACUACCACGUCGUAAACAAAGAUGUAGUUGAAGUACCAGAUGCAUCUAGUGAUAAAUGUCACACCGUAUCAUCCGUUUCAAAUAUUGAACCCCAGGAAGAAAACGGUAAAGAGGUGAAUGAAACCACUGACAACGGAAUAAUAUUGACAAUUAGCAAGGUAAUUGAGGCUAAAUGUGUUGGUUCAGAUCAGGAUGAACUAGAAAAUAUUGUUGAGAACCCACAUGAAGACUUUGUUCAUGCAUGGGAACCUUCGAAUGAUGUAUUUACCGAGGAGCCUGCAAACCUAGUUGAAUCACCAGUGCCCAUUCUCACCCCCGAUGUAGAUGCUAUAAGUUUUUUAGAUAUAAAAGAAGAUGAUGACGGUGAUGCAAAUGGGAUGAUAAUUGCGCAAGGAACGGAACCUUUUUCAUCUGUUCAUAGUCUACCCGAAUCUUCUGACAACCGUGAUGUAGUGUCCAUUCAUGCUGAUUGUAGCAGUGCUCUACCUACUAGAUCAUCGAUUGAUAAUUUAUCGAACACACCCAUUACAAGCACCAUCAAAGAACCCGAGAAAGGUGAAAGCAAAGAGAGGUUCCGAGAGCGGCUCUGGUGUUUCCUUUUUGAGAAUCUUAAUAGAGCCAUAGAUGAGUUGUACCUUCUCUGUGAGCUAGAAUGUGAUCUGGGGCAGGUUAAAGAGGCAAUUCUUGUUCUUCAAGAAGCUGAGUCUGAUUUUCAAGAGCUAAAUAUUCGAGUGAAGGAGUUUGAAACUACAAAAAAUUCGUGUCUAUCAGCAAGUGGUUCAGUAAUGAGUAUGAAAGGCGACCAUAGACGGCCUCAUGCACUUUCAUGGGAGGUUCGUAGAAUAACAACUUCACCUCACAGAGCCGAAAUAUUAUCUUCAUCUCUUGAGGCGUUCAAGAAAAUUCAAGAAGAGAGGGAAAAAAAGCGUGUCUCUGGUGAAGACGGUAAAAGCAGUAGUCAUCUUCCAACUAUAGUUGAGCUUUUAGGGUCAACUGUUCCCAAUACUUCUGAAUCGGAAACCAAGUCAAGGAGAAAGAGUGGAGUUUCAGAUGCUGCUCGUCUAAACAUUAGCAGGGAAAGGAGAAGCACGGAAGCAGGAAAGCUCAGCAAAAGCUCGGUACAAAAUAAUCGUAAUGCUUUAGUGACUUCGUCUGAUCCAAGCAAUACUAAGCACCCACCAAAAGGCAGUUCUGCUGCCUCUCUUGGUGGGAAAAUCAAUGUUUCCGGUGACAAAGAGAAGGAAAAGGAUAAGAGACAUUCGCAACCAUGGAAGCCAAAUGAUGCUUGGAAGGAGAAAAGGAAUUGGGAGGAAAUAUUGGCUCCUCAACGCCGCCUGUCGUCCCGUGUAUUGCAUUCACCUUCGGUGACUAGGAGAAGUGCGGAACGUGCACGAAUUUUGCAUGAUAAACUAAUGUCCCCCGAGAAGAAAAAGAAGACUGCCGUGGACUUGAAGAAAGAGGCUGAAGAGAAGCAUGCUCGGGCUAUGAGAAUCCGAAGCGAGUUGGAGAAUGAGAGAGUCCAAAAACUUCAGCAUAGAUCGGAGAAACUGAACCGUGUGAGUGAGUGGCAAGCUGUUCGGAGCAUGAAAUUACGGGAGGGCAUGCAUGCUCGUCAUCAACGCAGUGAAUCUCGGCAUGAAGCUUAUAUAGCCCAGGUUGUUAAAAGAGCAGGAGAUGAGAGUAUUAAAGUAAAUGAAGUGCGGUUUAUAACUUCCUUGAAUGAGGAAAACAAAAAGUUUUUGUUAGAUCAGAAACUUCGUGAUUCGGAGAUGAGAAGGGCGGAGAAAUUUCAAGUUAUGAAAACAAAACAGAAAGAAGAUAUGGCCAGAGAAGAAGCUGUCGUUGAACGCAGGAGACUCAUUGAAGCGGAAAAGUUGCAGCGCCUUGCUGAAACACAACGGCGUAAAGAAGAGGCUUUACUGAGACGAGAAGAGGAAAGAAAGGCGUCAAGUGCAGCCAGGGAAGCAAGAACCAUGGAACAACUUCGUAGGAAGGAAGAGAGGGCCAAAGCACAACAAGAGGAAGCUGAACUACUUGCACAAAGAUUGGCCGAAAGACUAAGUGAAAGUGAACAGCGUCGCAAGGUUUACCUUGAACAGAUACGUGAGAGAGCGUCAAUGGAUUUCCGAGAUCAAUCCUCACCCCUGAUGCGUCGUUCAGUGAAAACUCCUCCAUGUAAUAGUGAAGAUAAUCUAGCAAAUAACCUUUCUGCUGCAGGGGAAUCUGUUAGUGUGAAUAGCAUCAAUGGGAUGCAGCAGUCGCUGAAGCGAAGGAUAAAGAAAAUUAGGCAGAAGCUAAUGUCUUUGAAGCAUGACCUUCCGGAAACCCCAGCAGCUGAAAAUGUUGGUAUUGGGUAUAGAACAGCAGUGGCAACUUCUCGGGCAAAAAUCGGGAGAUGGGUCCAAGAUUUGCAAAGGCUUCGACAGGAAAGGAAGGAAGGGGCUGCAAGUAUAGGUCUAAUAACUGCGGAAAUGAUGAAGUUUUUGGAAGGAAGGGAACUGGAAUUACAGGCUGCUCGCCAGGCGGGUCUGCUCGAUUUCAUCUCUUCUACUUUGCCUGCAUCUCACAUUUCAAAGCCUGAAGCUUGUCAAGUUACCAUUUACCUGCUGAGACUUCUGAAAGUCGUGCUUUUCGUCCCCGCAAAUAGACGUUAUUUUCUUGCUCAGAAUCUCUUACCACCUCUGAUUCCCAUGUUAUCUGCGGCUCUCGAAAGUUACAUAAAAAUCACCGCAUCAUUGAAUAGUCCGAGCAGCACCGUUUCUCAACAGGGUAAAACUACAUCACAAAAUUUUGAUUCAAUCUCUGAAGUGUUAGACGGUUUCUUGUGGACUGCAACAGUGAUUAUCGGCCUACCAACUUUCGAUGAACGACAACAUCAGAUGCAGGAUGGUCUCUUAGAGCUCAUUGUUUCUUACCAAAUUAUCCAACGACUUCGAGAUCUUUUUGCACUGUAUGACAGACCACCCGUUGAAGGGUCUCCAUUCCCCGAAUCCAUACUUUUGAGUAUAAAACUUUUGGUUGUUUUGACAUGCAAAGCAUGUAAAGAUUCUUCUAUUGAUUGGAAUGAAGCCGAAUUAUUGGAUAUCACUAAGAAUUGUAAUCAUGGUUGUAUUGUUGGAUCUGAGCUUUGUGACGUACAAGAGAACGAGCAUUGUGGUGAUGCAGCUACAGAAAAACUUCUAAAUGACCCGAUUUAUGGAACGGUGGAUGAAAAAGAGCCGGGGAAUUAUCGUGUCGAGUUUAAUAGCAGCAAUAUACAGAUAGUUUCCGAACUUGAUUCCCAGAAAGAUCCAGAUUUGCUUGUUCGAAAAUCUAUCGACUCUCUGAAGGAUGAGAAAAAUUCUACAUGCGCUAAUAUCGGAAAGAAUGUUGGGGAUCAUAUGGGUGUCAAACAGCCGCAUACAUAUCUUCUUUCGGCCAUAUCUGAAACUGGAUUAGUCUGUCUUCCUUCGUUGUUGACGGCUGUGUUAUUGCAGGCAAACAAUAGGUUAUCUUCUGAACAGGGCUCAUAUGUGCUCCCGUCAAAUUUUGAGGAAGUAGCCACCGGUGUGUUGAAGGUUUUGAACAAUUUGGCUUUAACAAACAUCGCCUUUGUACAACAAAUGCUAGCAAUGCCAGACCUGAAAAUGGAGUUUUUCCAUAUUAUGAGUUUCUUACUUACACACUGUACCUACAACUGGAAACUUGCUAGUGAUCAGGUGGGUUUGCUUUUGCUUGAAUCUUUGAUGCUUCUCGGAUACUUUUCCUUAUUUCAUCGUGGAAAUCAAGCUGUCCUUCGCUGGGGAAACACUCCAACAAUCCUUCACAAGGUAUGCGACUUACCGUUCGCCUUCUUUAGUGAUCCGAAAUUGAUGCCAAUCCUUGCGGGAACAUUGGUUGCAGUCUGUUUUGGCUGUGAACAGAACAAAGGCGUGGUUCAACAGGAACUCAGUACCGAAAUGAUUCUUUCAUUGGUGAGGUAUUGGAAAAGUAGUUUGCCUUCCGUUCAGUUGAAAUCCCCGACAGGAAAUCCUUCUAUGGAAGACUCGGCUGAGAGUUCUUUAGUAACAAAUGAGCGGAAAAAACUACAAACCGAUGUGUCUGCAAAACAAAUCCGUUCAACUGCUAAAGGCUCCCGUCUUUCCUUGUCCAAGGGAAGUGUCUCAGGAAGUAGCAAUGGUAAAACUGGCAAGAUCCGAAAUACUCGAGAUAGCCGAACAAAUAAACCUUCUGAGGAUACAAGUUCAAAAAAACCGAUGGCUUCGGAAUCUCAAGAUAGUUUGCCCCUGUAUUGUAGGUUUCCGUCAAGCUUUAUCGAUAAAGCCGAAGAAUUCUUUUCCCAGGAAUGUAGCAAAGUAGAUGAUACAUGAAAGGUUUUCUUAAGUUCAGUUUGAAUUUAUCCUGCUAUUCUGACAACGAGGCACUCGGGAAUCUCAAGCUUGGGUCUCGAUUUGGUGUAGGCGUCGCAGCAAAUCUAUAACGAAAGAUCUUGUAACAUGAAUAACUUAAAUGGAAGGUUUUGUAUGAUCAGCUUCCCAUUUUGCUUUUCAUAUCUAGAUCUUUCCAAAUAUGUGAAUACCAUUGAUAACCAACCCAUUGGAAUUGGGUGCCGUGUAAAUGUAAAGAAAAACAGUACAAAGCUAUAGAAUCACAAGGAAUACACAUGAUUUGUACUUCGUGUUUUUGACUGAUCGAUUUCGAGUUA